UGUGUUGAUUCCAUCAUGUGGUGGAACCAGGCGUUUUUUUUUUUUUUUUUUCAGCUUUUUUUUUCUAUUUUCUUUUUUUCUCUCUUUCUUGAAUUGUAAAAAUAGAACAAGAGUUUCAUAACAUGGGGAAUGUCGAUAGUAUACCACAAAGUGAAGGCCAAUCUGUAAACUUGUCACAAUUUCAAAUUCUAAAGCCACUGGGACAAGGCGCGUUUAGCAAAGUAUACAAGGUCCAACGAAAACAAAAGCUUUACGCGCUUAAAGUGAUGCGAAAAAAUCAAUGUAUUCAUACCGUAGCCAAUAUUAUUCGAGAACGAAACAUUCUAGAAUGCUUAGAUCAUCCACUUGUUUGUAAUAUGCGUUUUGCAUUUCAAAACACGCAUUGCUUAUUUAUGGCCAUGGAUCUCAUGUCAGCUGGCGAUUUACGAUUCCAUCUAUCAACAAAACAGCAUGAUGAAAACACAAUCAAGUUUUGGAUCGCAGAACUUAUUUGUGCUGUCAAAUAUCUACACUCACAAUCCAUCGUUCACAGAGAUAUCAAGCCAGAGAAUAUAUUACUGGACGCAGAAGGUCAUGUUCAUCUAGCAGAUUUUAAUAUCGCUUGUCGUCUUCCCAAACGCAGCAGGAAACUCACCUCCAUGGCAGGCACUGCCGUCUACUUUGCACCGGAAAUGUUUAGAGGAGAAGGAUAUGACGAAGACGUGGAUUGGUGGAGUCUAGGCAUUACGUUUUAUGAAUGCUUGUACGGCAAACGCCCUUGGACUCAUUGCACAGACAUAACUCAGUUAGGUCGACAUGUCCUAACCGAGGACAUUACGUAUCCCCGUCAAGCCUCACUUCACUGUCGAUCGGCCCUCCGCAGCCUACUGGAAAAAGACCCUAAAAAACGAUUGGGUCAUGGCGUUGUGUCUGGUUGGCAUGGUAUCGCGCGACACCCUUUUUUCCAGCAUAUUCAGUGGUCUCGUAUCGACAGUAAAGGGUAUCAACCUGUGUACACCCCCAUCAUUGGACAAGAGGAAAUGUGUGUGACAGACAAAGAAGAAGGAGACUGCGCACCCAAAAGUAUCGAAAGCCAUGUGUCACAACAAAAAACUCGAGAUUUUAAUAUCCAGAACUAUGCGUCGUUUGAUUACACGAUAUUUGAUCAAUACCAAGGUUUUAUUGACGAACAAUGCAUGACAGUGGGUCCACCACCUUAUUGGGUUAAACCCGCUUUUCCUGGGGCUGAUCAUAACCUUUUACCUAUACCCAAAGUUUACCUUGAGACCACACCUACCAUUACCAUUUAAUUAUUUUUUUUUUUUUUGGUGGUGUGUAGAGUGUGACUUUGUUUAAGCAAUUCCACCACGUUCUUGUUUUCCUUUAUUUUUUUCAUCACCGUCCCCCUCCCCC